AUGACGGUCGUAAAAGUGGAAACUCAGACUGACAGGUCUGCUCAAGUGGCUCAAGUCAUUGCAGAGCCCAAGUCCGCCGUGCUCCAUCGACAUCUCCACCAUAGCUUCCUCUCGCUAGCCCGCGGCCAGGGCAGUAACCUCAUCCUGCAAGACGGUCGAAAGAUCUUUGACGCAUCAGGCGGGGCAGCUGUUGCAUGUAUCGGCCAUGGAGAUGGACGUGUCGUCAAAGCUGCCAUGAAGCAGAUGAGUGAAGUUGCAUACUGUGCCACCAUCUUCUAUACCACCAACGUCUGCGAAGAGCUCUGCCAGUUCUUGGUCAACUCGACCAGGGGACAUAUGGCAAGAGCAUAUAUUGUAAACUCCGGAUCCGAGGCCAUGGAGGCGGCCAUGAAGCUGGCUCGACAAUAUUUCCUCGAGAAGAGCCCACCUGAGCCCCGUAGGACUCGGUUUAUUUCCCGAGACCAGUCAUACCAUGGCAUCACCAUCGGGUCCCUCUCAAUGGGAGGCCACAAGUACCGCCGAGAGAAGUUCCAGCCCUUGCUUCUGGACAAUGUCUCCAGGGUCUCGCCUUGCUUCCCAUACCGCAACCAAUACCGCGGCGAGUCCGACCAGCAGUAUGUGGACCGUUUGGCUGCCGAAUUGGAUGAGGAGUUCCAAAGAGUCGGUGGAGAUACUGUUUGUGCGUUUGUGGCAGAACCUGUUGUUGGAGCAGCGUUAGGCUGUGUCUCGGCGGUGCCAGGGUACUUCAAAGCCAUGCAGGCCGUCUGUGACAAAUACGGGGCAUUGCUCAUCUUCGACGAGGUUAUGUCGGGCAUGGGCCGCACCGGAACGCUCCAUGCCUGGGAACAAGAGGGAGUGGUGCCUGAUAUCCAAACCAUUGGCAAAUGCCUCGGCGGCGGUUAUCAGCCCGUUGCUGGGGUGCUUGCAAACCACCGCGUCAUGGAUGCCUUCGAGAAGGGGACGGCCACAUUCGUCCACGGACACACAUACCAAGGGCAUCCGGUCGGGUGUGCUGCCGCCCUCGAGGUCCAGCGCAUCAUCAAGGAGGAAAAUCUCAUCCAAAACGUCGAUAAAAUGGGAUGCCUUCUUUCGCAGCUCUUGCGGCAGAGAAUAGGCAACCACCCCAACGUUGGUGACAUCCGCGGCCGUGGCCUCUUCUGGGGAAUUGAGUUUGUUGCGGACAAGGCCACUGGCACCCCAUUUCCAGCCCAGGCCCAUGUGGCCAUGGAGAUCUCUGAAAUGGGGCUCGCCGAGAUGUACAGCAUCGCGGUCUACCCUGGUUCGGGGACAGUCGACGGGGCAAAUGGAGACCAUAUCAUUCUCUCGCCUCCUUACAACGUGAGCGCCGAGGAUAUGAGGUUCAUUGCCGACACAGUUGCUAGGUUGAUUGAGGAUUUCUUUGCGGACAGAGCCGGUGCAUAA